AUGUCGUUGGUUGGAUCCCCGUUGUUGUUUGGAUCCGCCAACGUUGGAUAUAUUCUAGGCAAAAAUCUGGUAGUUUGUCUUCUCGGAGGGUUACUUGCGUAUGUAGUUGGAGAAUACUUCACCGAACUAUCAUCUUUGUCCCAAGAGAAGGAGUUACUACUGAAGGAGUUAGAGCAAGCCUACCUGAUGAACCUAAGUCUCCUGGACGAAAUUGAGGCCAGUAACGAUAAGGAAGAUCUUCUAGCCGAAACGAUUGAAGAACUGGCCAAGGAUUUAGCAGACGAACAGUUUCGCGUCGAAGAGCUUGUCACUAUUGUUGAUGAAGAUCAGCUGAGGCUGACGAAAGCUGAGAACGACAAUGAGGAUAUUGUUUCUCUGAAUCUGCUCCUAAGGAAGGAAAAUGAAAAAUUUCAAGAUGCGAUCAUCAAGCAAAAUAAGGAAAUUGACAAUCUGGAGACACAAGUGAAACGCAAAGGUACAGAAUGUGCAAGGAACUCAGAAGUUAUUCGAGAACUGAGAGAGGAAAUAACAGAUAACGAGUUAUACUGCGAUGUUCUCGAAGAGAAGGUCAAGAGACAUGAAGAAGAAGCAAAGAAAAUGAAGCAGCUGGUUUCAGAUCUCAAAGAAAACCUGAAAGAGUUUCAAGAUCAAGUAAAUGUUCUUCGUGCCAGAAAUUGUGAUCUCCAGAGCAGUCUGGAAAGAGAGGCACAUGAGAAUUUAGGUCUGGAGAGGAAAGUGCAAAUGCUUCAAGAUGGAAAUCAACACCUUCAAAAGGAUCUGGCUCUUAAGGAAUCGCAGAUGGUCGCUUCGAUGGAAGUGCUUCGCGAUGAAAGGAGGAAAAAUGAGAUCCUGGCAGAAGAGCUACUAGUGAUGAAAAAGUCGAUCGCUGAAUUAGCUGAAGAAAAGGAAAAAAUAAAUGAUUCACUCGAGGAAAAAGAAUUACACAUUAGCUCAGUAGUUGAAGAUAUGGAAAAAGAGAGAGAGAAGAAUCGCCUUCUGGUUGAAGAACUCCUAGUACUAAGAAACUGGAUCGCUGAGUUAGCAGAAGAAAAUGAGGAAAUAGAAGGAUCUUCUCAAGAGCAAGAGAAAAAUGAAGAAGACAAAGUUAAUGAAGUGGAGUCAGAGGUCACCCAGGACAAUGAAGGAUAUUCACAGGAAGCAAACGAAGUAGGAGAGUUAGAACGGGAGAACGUAAAUCAGGAAGACUUGGAAGUCACAGAGGACAAUAAAGAGGAAAGAGAAGAAAUGGAACAAUGUCCUCAAACUAAUAACGAAGAAAACAAUAAAGUGGACAAGAAAAAGACCAGCAAAAAGAAGAGGAGAAACAAGAAGAGGAGAAAGCAUCCUGGAGAAGAGGACAGCAGCAGGUUGUGCGUGGUCCAGUCUAUGGUCCUUGAAACGCACAAUGAAAACUUGCACAGUAUUAUGUUACCUGCUGAAUUCCAGGAGCUCCUCCAGAAAAAUGAAAAGUGUCUCGCCUUCGUCAAAUAUAAGAACAAUGUCGUGCUCAACUUCAUGCACCACGACAAGGCGCAUGUACGAGCUGUGCUUAGCAGAUGUUCCAAAUCUACUGCUGAGGAAGUUCUCGUCGAUAUCCAGAAAUUGCUUCUGAGGAUUCUAAAAUAG